AUGGCAGAUAAUGAGGAUAACGACCAAUGCACCGGGGUAUCGGCUCCUAUGUACGGCCAGGCGGACUCGCUGGAUGGUCGCGAUAAACCUAUAAUGCUUGUUCCAGCCAUUAUGGGGUCGAAGAAAGCAAAACAUUUGGCACCACAGCAAACAGUUGACGAGUUUUGGGCUAAGUUCGAUUCAAAAACCCCCGGAAAAGCGUAUGCUUUACUGCCUAAGAAUUUGUAUGCAGAGAAGGCCAGAGAAAAUGCACCAAAGGGUGUCGUUCAAGGUGAAGAUGCUGUAUCAUCUUACGAAGCGGCCGCCGGAACCUGCAGAGACAAGGUGGCUAAGAUAGUCAAAGAAUGCCGGCGGGUCAACCAAAAAUAUUCGGAUAAUCAUUUCAACAUUGAAUUCGACCUCAAAGCUGGGCAGCGGGACUGUUUAAGGAGUUUGAACGACAACGAGUGCAACUACACACCACUCUCAACAAAAAGGGUCACCGACAUCUUCGAAAGCCCGAAAUUUUUUAGUGACGGCCCUACUGCAAGUGACAUACGUCAAGGAAGAGAUGGUGACUGUUGGCUUUUGGCUGCUUUGGGCACAUUAGGGAACAAGCCAGGGCUUAUCGAAAAAUGUGUAAGGGACCCUUCUCCUAUUUUGCCAAACAAGUCUUUUGCUUGUAUACAAGUCACUCUGCCUCCCAUAAUCUUGCGAUACCAGAUAUGUAAUAUUCGGAAUGAAAAAUUGCUGAGUAGUGGUGCACUAGAUGGAUUCGUUUUCCACAGAGACGGCGAAUGGAUCUCCGAGAUCAUUGACGACAAACUCUAUCUCAUUAAACCCGACUACACUGAAAGCAACUUGACGCGAGAAUUCAUCGAUGAGCAUAGCUUUGUCGACGGCCAAGAACUCUAUCGCAAAACUUAUCAUGCUUAUGCAAAAGCUCAUGGUGAUUUCUCCGCAAUAUCAGGUGGUUUCACGGGUGAAGGGUUGGAGGAUCUGACAGGAGGAGUCACUAGCGAAGUCUAUACAACGGAUAUAUUAGAUACAGAUUAUUUUUGGAGAGAGGAACUGUUGAAAGUCAACGAGGAGUUCCUUUUUGGGUGUGCCAGCGGCAUCUUUGGUGGCCAAUUCGCUGGGCGUGGGGAUCGAAAGGGUGUCCUUGAGGGGCAUGCCUACUCGAUCAUGAGGUGUGUAGAAGCGGACGGCAAACGUUUCUGCCUUAUUCGAAACCCAUGGGGUCAGAAAGAAUGGACUGGAGCAUGGAGUGAUGGUAGCAAGGAGUGGACACCGUAUUGGAUCCAGAAGUUAGAACAUCGUUUUGGUGACGACGGCCAAUUCUGGAUGACGUACGAGGACCUUCUCAGGACCUACCAGAUAUUUGACCGCACUCGUCUGUUUUCAGAAGAAUGGAAGGUCACCCAGCAAUGGACCUCCCUCACAGUCCCCUGGUCUGUGGAUUACAAUGAGACGAAGUGUAAGUACAAAAGUAGUGAAGCGUUUGUGAAAGUUCUUGGGUCACACCCUGAGGAGGAAUAUUCGAGUGGGAACCCGGAAAACACCUGCUUUGAGGUAGAAGCGCCCAUGGCCCUGGGCUCUGUUUCAUUCACGAUUGAAAGGGAGGCUUCGGUUGUGAUAGUUCUCUCUCAAUUGGAUGAUCGAUAUUUUUGUGGCCUGGAGGGCCAGUACAGGUUCUGGCUCGCUUUUCGAGUACACAGGGCUGGGAAAGAGGAUUAUAUUGUUCGCAGUCGGAGCAUUUAUCGUAUGCAGAGGUCCGUCUCCGCUGAGCUUACGCUUGAAGCUGGCGAAUAUCAUGUUCUCAUGAAAGUGGAGGCAGAAAAGUAUUCAGAGCUUUCUCCGCCCGAGGAUGUUCUUCGGGACAACGUAAAAGGCCGCCGUGAGAAGGUGUUGCGAGUUGGUCUUUCCUACGACAUGGCACACGCUAAAGGAGUUAUAUUCGAAACAGAAGAGGAAAAAAAAGCUAAGCAACAAGCCCGACAGGCAGAAAAAACGGAAGUCAUCAAACGGAUGAAGAAGGUUAUGUUCACUCAUAAACAGAGGGAUCGUCACAGAGAAAAUCGACAGGCUCGGAGACGACGAGCGGCUGCGCUCAAACGAAAAGCAAAGGCCGAGUCAAAGAAGGCAAGGAACUUGCCAGCCAGCGUGGGACUCGAUGCCAAGCCAACUGAAGAAUCCUCAACCUCGAUAUCCGAUGAAACCCCUGAGCCUACAAAUGAGAUAGUCGAGGAUGAUUCUUCAACAUCCAAGUCGGAACAGAAUCCCGUGCUUACAAGCGCAGAAGUUCACGAUGAUCACAACGACCAAGCAGCCGCUCAAAUGGAAUCAACAGCUAUUGCUCCAAACGCCCAAGAAGACGCCACGGACAGCGAUUCAGAUCUCGAAUCAAUAUCUUCCACCGUAUCUACUGUUUCGACAUUUGCUGCCGAAGACAUGAUUGAGUUGAACCAUCACCGAGCCUUACAGGCCAAGGAAGAAGCCGACGAGCGUGCUAUGCAGAAUCCACAAGUGGAGGAGAGUGAAGACGAAUUUGAGGCUGAUCCUUGGAAUGCUGUCGCCGUCGUCGGUCUCCGAAUAUAUGCUAAGGGCUGUGGUGUUGCUCUGAAAGUCGUGAGACCUAGAAGCUGGGAGAAUAAGGAGGGUGCUUUGGACAUCGAUGAUAGUGCCAAAGAUGCUACCAAGGGAAAUGAUGUAGAGGUUGUUCAGGAAGAGGGGGGCGCGAAAGAGUAA